UUAAGCCAAAAAAUAAAAUAGUCCGGGAUCCUUUUCCGACUCAGUUCCACAACUGCAUUGAGUCCCCGUUCCGCUUUCUGGUGAUCACAAUAUAAUAAGUGCUUUGCCUAUUUCACCGAAACUUAGCCGGAAUCCACCAUUUUCACUGCUUGGGAAUUAUUUGUUUAGGCCACCAGUUUACAUGCUUGAUGAUGACUUCCAUGGGAAAUAGUUCAUUGAUUUGUCGUGCUCGUUCGGAAUUUUGCUGUGCUUCGAUGAAGUUGGGGGUUUCGAAGCUACCGGCAUGUGCUCGCACAGCGAAAUUAUUGGGCUUCAACAUUGGUACAGAGGUGAAAACCAACUUCUUGGUGCCUGUAAGGACAAUGGAGACUUCUAGAAUGUUUCAUAUCAGUGGAAAAGCCGGAAGUUCUCAUCAGCUGCCGGGAUACAAUUCAAAUGAUGAAAUGAGCGCAAAUGAGUUUCGAGGCUUUUCUGGUAAAAGUACACCCCUGAUGUCUACAAGUGGGAAUUCCACAAACAUUGUUUGGCACAAAUGCUCUGUAGAGAAAAGUGAUAGAGAGGAGUUGCUUCAGCAAAGGGGUUGUGUUAUAUGGCUAACUGGUCUCAGUGGUUCAGGGAAGAGCACUGUGGCAUGUGCUCUAAGUAGUGGUUUGCAUGCUAGAGGAAAACUCACUUACAUCCUUGAUGGUGAUAAUGUUCGCCAUGGUCUGAAUUGUGACCUUAGUUUUGCAGCUGAAGAUCGGGCAGAAAAUAUAAGGCGGAUAGGGGAAGUGGCUAAGCUUUUUGCGGACGCUGGAGUUAUUUGCAUUGCUGGUUUGAUAUCUCCCUACAGAAAGGAGCGAGAUGCCUGCCGUGCUUUACUACCUGAAGGGGAUUUCAUUGAGGUGUUCAUGGAUGUUCCUCUACAAGUGUGUGAGUCAAGGGACCCUAAGGGAUUGUAUAAGCUUGCUCGAGAAGGAAAGAUAAAAGGUUUUACUGGUAUUGAUGAUCCAUAUGAGCCACCCCUGAAUUCAGAGAUUGUGUUGCGUCAGAACAAAGGGUUAUGUGAUUCUCCUAAUGACUUGGCUGAUGUAGUGAUCUCAUACCUGGACAAAAAUGGAUACCUCAAAGCUUAACUGCCCACAACCAUAUCUUCGAGCGGGAUUCAAAAGAUCUUAAGGAAGUUGCAUGUUUCCCUUGUGUAGAUAAUAGUAUAUGUAGAUGGAGUUCAUUUGUAAACUAGAAGGCCUAGCCCUGCUAUUAUACAAGGUUAGAAUCUGAUAGCAGGAAGAAGCAUUGCAUUCAUGUGUAGAAAAUUAUCCGAAACAUAACUCAUGCAGUCAUGCAAGGUGUAAAGACUAAAGAGCUGAAUGCUGUUAAAGAGUCCAAGUGUCAAUACAGUUUCGUAAGGAAAUUAC